AUGACUUCCACGUACCUCGCUUCGACUAUGAUGACUAGUACCCGCCGCUCUUCCUCACCCUUUGAAUUCGUACGGGGAGGAAAGCUCGAUAAUCCUUAUUUCUCAUCAAGUUCACAUUCGAACCCUCACAUUAUGGCGGAGAUGCAAUAUACAUCAAGCAUAAACGAUAGUAUAGUAGAAGCUCUGUCCACCUGGGCCGAUGCGAAUUUGGUAGUGCCCGACGAUGCAGACAUAGUAUGGAGCCGUACAAACGAUGCACCAGAACCUCCCAGAGGUCGCUCAAAUGAGCGGAGCUGGAGAAGGUUUGUCCAACGUGCUAAAAAUGCGGUAAAGCGCAGCGCACACUAA